AUGUCCUAUACUCCGGUUAAAGGUUUCUACAUCUUGUCAAUGGAGGAGACGAAGCAUAAACACCGGGUACUGGUUCGAGAGAAGAAAAAAGCCGUAUUGUGUCAUGACAAAAAUGCAGCCGACGACCUUUAUGUUGCUAAUCCAGCCGUAAACUCUAGGAUACUAGUACCUAGUCAAUCUGUCAAAUCUGUCAAGACAGAUAAUCAUGAGUUAGUCGAAUCUGUCACCCAUGCGCUCAUGAUGAUUCUCAAGAACUGGAAUUGA